AUGGGGUCCAGUGGGGAGGUGGAUGAUUUCAUGGUGGAGAGUAUCUUGGAGAGCUCAGCUGUGGUUAUCGGUGAGAAGGUAGAGAGCCAAUGGUCUGAGGAUGAAGGAGGUGUGGGUUCGGGGACCGUGGUGGAGGCAGAAGAGGUUGCAGAGGGACUCGUGAAGCCGUCCUUUGAGUCUUCUCUGACAAUGAAGAGUGUAGAGAAUGAGAGAAAAGGAGUGUCUGUGGGAGGGUAUGAGCCCUCGGGUUGUACAGCGCAGCAGAGCGUAGCUAUCAUCAUCCCACAUCGCAGGCGAGAAACCCACCUCAUCUACUUGCUGUAUCACCUGCACCCAUUUCUACAGAGACAGCAACUACACUAUGCCCUUUAUGUUGUCCACCAGGCUGGCGAUGCAACUUUUAAUCGAGCCAAGCUCAUGAAUGUAGGGUAUUUGGAGGCGCUGAAGGACCACAGUUGGGACUGCUACAUCUUCCAUGAUGUGGACCUGAUUCCUGAAAAUGACAAGAAUGUAUAUAUCUGCGACGACAAUCGGCCCAAACACCUGAUAUUUGGCAGGAAUAACACAGGAUACAAGAUGCUUAACAAAAUCGCCUUUGGUGGAGUUACCGCUUUUACCAAGGAACAGUUUGAACAAAUUAAUGGUUUUGCAAACCUUUACUGGGGUUGGGGUGGGGAAGAUGAUGACCUUUACAAUAGGGUUCAGGUGCAGAAAAUGAAGACUGCGCAGUCUCCUGCUGAUGUAGGCCGCUAUACCAUGAUGUUUCACAAGCGAGACUCUGGCAAUGAGAAAAACCCAAAGAGGUGGAAGCUCAUGAAACAAACAUCUUCUUUGAUGAAAACGGAUGGAAUCAACAGCUGCUCAUAUACAACUCUGUCAGUUGAAAGAUUGCAGCUUUAUGUAAAUGUUACCGUGGACAUCGGGAAGCCGGAGAGCUGA